AUGGAGCCCGCUUUCCGUCGUGCGGCUUCUAGCCUUUGUGGGCGUUGUUCCUCGUCAGUUCGGAGGCAAUUGGUCACCGGAACCCCAGCGAAGCCUUUGAUCAGAUUAUCAGCCCACCACCUCCGGAGUUUCCAUGGGAGUGUUUCCAAGCAACACAAACGAACGACGCCUGAGGCGAGGGAUUUCUCGACUUCCACAGCAUCGAAAUCCGAGGCCGCUGCCGCUUCGAAAGCUCCCGAGGCCCCAUUACGGCUGAGCGAGGAUGACCUGUUCCAUCCAUUUUCCAAGUCGCCUGUUCCCGAGUUUCGACGCCGGGCGGCCUUCAUGAAACAGCAUGCCUACUGUCCUCACCCUGACCACCAACCGACCAAACUCCCAACGGUCGCACAAAAAGCCGAAGUCGCCGAGACAUCAACUGGAGAACAAGCACCUGCCCAUGUCGACUUUGAGUGCCCCGAUUGCGGAUUGCCGGUGUACUGCUGCGAGGAACACUGGAUGGAUGACUACGAGAAGCACCUAGAAAUUUGCGAUACCCUUCGACAGAUCAACGAGGACGACCAUGACCUCCGAUCUGGUCGCGUUUUCCACGAAGCCAACCUUCCCGAUCUUCAGAUGGUUGAGUCUGCCAUCAACAUGACGAACUGGGAUACAUUCAUGUACACGCGAGAGUUUGAUGCUGUCAACUCGGAUCGGUCGAUGCGACAAAUCACCCGCCUCUUGACUUAUCCGGUUACAAUUGGCAGCGUUCUCCAUGAGUUGAGCCCCUACAGCAUCAAGGAUGGCGAGCGCCUAACGAUGGAGGGAUUGAAGAGUUUCAGUGCUCUGCGAUACAACCUGCACCCGGCCAAGUCCGGCCUGGGUACCGAUGUCACGCAACUGAAACCCGAGGCUCCCCCAGUUAGACUGUUCAUCCUGGGCGCUCGUGCUGAGUCCUCUCUGCCACGACCUGCCUGGGUCCAACUGGCGCACAUGUUCCCCGAGUCCCGGUUGCACCUCAUCUUUGUCGGCCCAGAAAGCAUGGCCAACCGAGAUGACGAGUUCCCGCUACCAGAGCGAACUCCUUCAAACCCCUUCGGAGCCAUCGUGGAAGACCGAGUCUGGUACAAGAUGAAGAUCAGCACGAUCGUAGACUACUACCAUACGCUGCACCAGACUGGACACUUCGCGCCGUAUGAUCCCUACUUUGACUGCUUUGUUCUAUUCCACCCUGGAUUGGGCCACCCCGCUAGCAGUCACGAGUGGGAGGAAACCCUCCCCAUGCUCCUGGAGACCAAGGUGCCCAUUAUCAGCACUGGAUACACCCAGUUUGACAUGGAGCGUGAUGUUGAAUGGGUCAAGAAUAAGUCAAAGGGCGAGUUCGAUAUUCUCCUGCAGCCUGGUGAGAACAAGUUCAGGAGUCUCAGAUGGGACCUGAACGACCUGGAUCCCCAGGACGUCAGUGCCGGCAACUGGGGCGUGUGGGCAUUCCGAGGCAAGAGGUACACUCCGUCCGACUCGCCGGUCAUGACCGCCACAACCGCCGCCGCUGCCGGCCCUCCCACACGAGCGCCGGUCCCGCGCCCCAAGACGGCCUCUCCCGGUCCCGAUGCGCCACCUGCCGCUGCCCGCCGAUCCAACCGCCCUGGCGCAGCCGACCCUCUCUCGGACCGAGCCACGUCCCUUCUUAUCCGUCGCACGCUAUGCCCUCAACAGCUUGGGGACAAAGGGCGGGAUGCGCCGACUCCCAUCGACGAGCUUCUCCCGCCCCUGACGAGUCGGAACGACAUGGACCUCCAACUCUACGCCUUCCUAGCCAUCAUCCUGAGGGAGUUUGUACAGAGCUGGUACAGCAAGAUUACGACAGACGAGAACUUUGUGGCCGAGAUCAUCCACAUCAUUGCGCACUGCUCGCGAGCAUUGGAGCAACGGUUUAGGAAGGUCGACCUAGAGAGCCUACUCCUGGAUGAGAUACCUGAUUUGCUGGACAAGCAUAUCACCGCCUACAGGACUGCCCAUCGUGCCAUGGCGCGGCCGCCGAUAGUCGCAGAUCCCCGAGAGGUCUAUCACGCUCUGUGCCCCCUUCCGCACCUUGCGCCAGUGCCGUGCCCAGAUGACCCGCUCACGGUAUCUGACCAGCGGGAGAACGAGGCGCUCUACCGUCAGCUGCUCGUUCAGGGCGUGCUAGCGAUCCUUCUGCCCACUGAGGACCUUGAGAAUCCUUGUCUCACAGCCCUCGUCGAACAGAUCUUUUCCGAGCUCAUCAUUGGCAAUGUCAUAGCCAAUAAGGCAUCUCAGCCGUGGCUUCUAUACGAGGGCAUUUGCAUCACAGCAAGGGUCCUACAGGAGAAGAAGACGAAGAGUGAAUGCACUACUGCGGCUAACACUCAGCCCUCGGACGCCAGGUUGGAGGUGAAGGGCGGCCGCCGCUGGUCGAUUCGAGGACUUUUCCUCGGGUUGAUUCAGCUCGGUAUGCUUCUAGUCGGGUCGAUUCGACUCAUCACCAUGACGCUAGUUAUGGCCUCUUCGUUACCUCCUAGAGCCACGCCCUUUGAUGAAAAAGGAGUUGUGACAGAUUGCGGCAACGCCAAGGACGACAAGUCCCUAUCAGGAGGCGGGCCUUCUGCAUUUGUCAAGGCACCCGUCCUAUCCUUUCGAAUCUGGGCGUGUCUGGGCAACUUGGUCGAGAUGGGGUCACGAAUGCCCUGGCUUGAUGGCUUUCUGUCAUUAUUACAGCUCGGAGCAGUCCACGGACCCGGACGAAUGGCUGGCCUCGACGGGCCUGUUGACAGGUAA